UGUUUCUUCUAUAAGGUACCUGCUAAAUGUUUAGGUAUUUCUUUGAAAAAAAAAAAAAUGUUACUAAUCUUUGCGUGAUUAUCGCCUAACCGAACCCUGGCUUAUUUCGAAAUGAUUGCUUUUAUGUCUACUUGAUUUUUAUAUUCUUCGGUUGGUCGGAUAUCUGGGUAGUUUGGUAUUUUUGUCGUGCGAACGACCAGGUUUGUUGACUACGUUUCGGUGAUGAGUUUUGCUUUAGUUUUGGUCAUGUUCCACUAAAAAUAAUAAAAAACUAAAAUUAAAGGUUUGAGAUGAUAUAAACUCGGAUAUAUUAUGGUUACGUCUAAAUGUUGCGAAGAAUUACAGAAAUUCAAAUGAAACAUGUCAUGAAACUAGGGUGAGAUCUUUCCAUAAUCUAGAGCUACUCCGAUCAUGACGGUGGCAUGUAGAAGGGUGAACAUGUUGUGACGACGGCUACCUUUAUACUAUACUGCCCGUAAAUCCAUCCGAACGCUGGGUAUAGAUUCAAGGAUGCUUUGGAAUCUUCGGCAGCACCGCAUAGUAAAUGAGAAUUUUGCCUUUGAAUCUUCCUCCAGAUUGCCCGAGAAAAAGCUGAUGAAGAACGAUAGUUAUCGAUCGAUUAGUCCAGAGGAGGGACAGGAUUACCACCAACCACUUCGAAAGUUUUGUCCGGACACAUUCCACUAUCUUAUGCUUACGGGAGGUUAUACCAGGAAACGACUCAAGUGUUCUGACUGCGAUCAGCUGUUUGUUUCGACAGUUAGUUUAAAGCAACACUAUUCCCAGUAUCACGAGACGAGCUCCGCUAGCUUCUCCGUCGAUCGAAUCUUUUGUUUGCCAUGUAGUUUAUCGUUUGCCGAAAAGAGUUACUACGAACGGCAUCGGUGGGUGUAUCAUGAGGACACCACCAUCUUGCAACUGAAGGCUUCUUCCGAAGGGUUUAAAGAGUUACUAAAGUGGCAAAAGGUUGGUUCAAGAACCCUAUUUGCCUGUCCCAUAUGUUUGAAAAUCAUCCGGAAUCGUAAGCGACACAUGCGAAUCCGCCACGGCAUGGUGUACGAUGCCUGGAAACAUCGCUUUUUCGUUCGCUACAAAUGUAGUCGCUGCCGAAUUUUGCUCAAACAAAGGCGUAAGAUGCUCAUACAUCUGCAAGUUUGUGGAGGUUUUGAUGAAAACAUGAACGAAAUUGGGAAUUCUGGGGAGUCGGGUGGAACGGAAAAUUGUAUAAAAGAGGAUGAUCCUACGAUCGGAAGUGGAGAUACCCUUCAGUUGAAAGAUAUUGAUAUUGAGAAAGCAAACGACAACCUACUUCAAGAAGUUAAGAUAAAACAAGAACCAGAGUUAGUUAUAGAAGAUAGCGAAUCUAUGGAAAUUGCUUCGUCGAUCGACGAUAACCACGAAAAUGAUGUUAUUGAAAUAAUUGAUGAUUCAGAUGAAUUUAUCGAUGUCACUGAACAAGCGCAAGUAGUUCAAAAACCUAUAGAAUAUGAUGGUGGACCUGAUAAUAUAAUCGAAGACACCGAUCAACUAGGUUUAGAUAUCGACGAUGGCAUUGUUCUAGAGUUCAUUGAAGAAUCUAAAGCACCUGAAAAGGAAAUUCCACCAAUAGUAAAUAGUCUGCUAGAGAAGGCCGUUUUUACCAUAUACGAUAGUACAGAUGAUGCCGUUGAAGAAGAAUCACAAACAAAUGAAUCCGAAAAAGUUAUCCCAACUGAUUCCGAAACGGUCGAUUCUCAACGCUCUACACCGACGACAGAGUAUAACGACGACCCCUCUAGCGAAACGGACAGUGACAUGUACCUCCAAAUAAACAAUUCGUUCUACAAGUGCAAAUAUUGCCCACUGACAUUCCGCCAUGCGUCGUUGAUCCAGCGCCACGUCAAAAUACGUCAUCCGACCAAAUGGAGAAAUUUCGGAUGUUCCCACUGCAACAGAAAGUUCCCGUCAACCAUAAACCGCGAUCGCCAUGAACACUUCCACAGCUUGAAGCAUCCUUUCAAGUGCACCGAUUGCGACCAGAUGUUCAACCGCAAACAUCCACUCGAACAGCACACGCAACUAUUCCACCGGAUCAAUUCGAAAUCUUUCACCCUCCGUCGUCUGAAAUGCCUGUACUGCUCUCGGUCGUUCGUCGAACGUAAAUACUACAAUCAACACCUCAAGGUCUAUCAUCAAUACCGCUCGGAACGAAUUCAAGCUCUUACCGAAAAAGUCCAGCUCUGCGAAAGAUGCGUCAUAACGUUCAAGACCAAGAAAUCCUUACAGCAACACAUAAAACAGGUUCACAGCUCGGACCGCGCACUGCACAAUUUCGAAUGUCCCCGGUGUGACAAAGAUCUGAAAAUUCGCAGCACUCUAAGACUCCACCUCCUAACGGUUCAUCUCGGCCAUCUUCCCUUCAAGUGUCAGCGCUGCGAAGCAGGAUUCCCCACCCGCUACGCAUUCAUGAAGCACUAUCGUAGCGUCCACGUUAGAACCUUCCCGUGCGAUGAUUGUGGCAAUCAGUUCAAAUCGAAAAGCAAACGAGACAGACAUCAGGAAAAGUGUCAGCAGGUUGACCCUGGACGGUAUCCCAGUAGCACUCGGAUGGUCAUCCGCGAGCGUAGCAGUGACGAAGUGGAUGAUUUUCAGGUCCAGUGUGGUCACUGUUCGCUUCAGCUGAGCGAUGUUACACUGUUGCGAAAGCACUGCGAAGAUGAACACCCGAUGGAACCGGUUGCGCUCCAAUGUCCGCGUUGUGGCAAAAUUUAUCGGAAUGCGUUCUGCUACAAGCUGCACUACGAUCAGCAUGCGAUUCGGGAUGAUGGAAAGGAUGAUGGUAAAACUAAGGAUGGUCGACAGGGAAAUGAGUGGAUGCGAACAGCUACGAAGAAUCUGAAGAGCUACGUGGGUGUUAAUGCAGUUAUACUUUCCGAUGUGUCGACGGCGGAAGGUUCUGAAGAUGAGUGACGACUUAGUAUGUGUUUUAUUAUCAACCUAAAAGGCUAGACUUUAAGAUCAUAUGAAAUAUGGAAAAUUUUUGGGAAUAAUGUUAAUAAAACGAAGAGAGUAGUCAGUCGUUAAACGCCUGCUAACUUAUUACCUUUUUUCGGUAUUAUUAUUUGGGUGUUUCCAAUUGGCUGAUAUUCCAAUUAGCCACACGGUCAUGAAAUCGAAUUUAUACACGCGGGCACAUGCGACAAACAUGUUAACAUACGAACACUUAAGCACAUAUAACACGUUUAGACUCGAUUUGAAACAUGUGAUCGUACCCGCUACUGAAAUUUCGGCUCUGAAACACGUUUGGCAAACGUCGCAGUGAUCGACGCAAUGCAGUUAGAGUACAGUUAUCAAACACGUGUAGCAAACAGUUGCGUAGAUGGCAAUAGUGAAACACGGAUUUCCAACGUUUAUCAACUUGAAAGUUUAUGUAGGCGUUUUAAGAAAUUUUCAUCUUGCCUAAAUGUCCGCUAUCUGCGAUUUAAGCCAUUCGCGAUCAUCUACACACACCUACACCCAUGAUAACACCCCGGUUUUAGUACUUAUGAAUUUACAAACACGGUAUCAAACGCCCGCGUUCGUGCGAUUAUGAAUCGGUCACGUCUUUACCCUCCGUCCCAGCAACUUAGGUCCAUACAUGCAAUUGGACCAACCAAAAAAUAACGUUCAUAUCCACUAGACAACACGUUCCAUGUCGACAUGACCGGAACUCUAGUGAUAUGGAAGAACUCACUUUCUUCUAUCAUCUGAACCGUACACCGAAAAUUAAAUAUCAGAUUCACGGUCCGCGCGCGAUCAUCCAAGAGCAAACGCGAACAUGCGAAUGGACACACCGUUAUAAAAUAGAAUUUAUACACGCGAAGUUACAUACACGCUGGCACACGCGACAUACAAACGUAUACGCGAUCAAACCCGUGAACGUACAAACGCUCGAGCCCUUUGCGAUGCUACACGCGAUCGUGAAUUCCCUACGCCCACACAUAUCUGUACCGUGCAAUGAAUAUCACAUUCAGAAUCACGGCCCGCUGCAAUUGGCCUUGAGCCGUGUUUUAGUGUAGGACAUUAGCCGUCUCGUAUGCAAUUGUAGUGAGUGUGCUGAGACCCUAGAUCUACAACUCCAGUAGGAAAAAUCUUGAAAAAAAUGUAACGAAACAAAAACUGCUUUCUCGGCUAUAUUGUUAUUAGCAAAGUGAAAUGUUUUUGCCCAACGCGCUUGAGUGAGAUGCUUGAUGUUUAUACUAAGCGCACAGUGCACUCACCUAUUACAGAUAUUCAGUUUACGUAUAAUUUAACUAACUGUAUUCUGGCCAAUAUCUAGCAUCUGAGUUUUGUUAAAUGUGGCAAACAAUAAAGAUAAAAUGUUAAAGAGUUUUUUUGUGCUCACUUUUCACUAAAACUUAUUAUACAGGGUGUUUGGUUCAUGACUAAGAACCUCUCGAAGGAUGAUUGACUGUCAUAUUUAGAGAAAAAAAUCGUUCUACACAUACCAUCAAAUCUCAACCGUUACAGAGUUAUUGAACUUUUAGUGUAAAAAACUUAGUUAUCUUAAAAUACCUCUAACUCGAAAAGUAUACUUCGUGUUUAAAAUCUUUUGGUUCCAUUGAAAAGGUGAAAAAAAUUUCUAUUGUAUGGUGUUCUUUUAGUUAAUUAGUUUUAAUUACAGUUAGGUUGUUAAGUGGUUAUAAGUUGGCGUUUUUGAUGAGGCUUUUGUUAAUUUUCUCAAAAUAAUUAAUUACAAUUAUAGCAAUAUCUAUUAUCCAAAAGUUGGGUUUUAGAACGAUUCAUAAUUUGUUCUUCAACAUCAUAUUCCUAUCUCUUCUCGUUUCUAGUAAUUUUAUUACUAAACUUUUCCUGUAAUUGACUUGCAAGUGUUCAAAAGGCUCUAAUCUAAAAAAUAUGCUUUAUAUCGUUAAUUGCAAGGCUUCAUUGGAAAGCUGAGAAAAUUUCCUUUCGAUGUAUGUACAAAUAUCCUUUAGUUAAGUGUACUGAAUAAAUUUUUACUGGCAAAAUAACUCAAAAUUAGCGUUUUUUUUGAGAGUUUUGUAAUUAUUCUAAAUAUUAUUCAACUAAAUUUACCUUUACUAUUGUUCAAUUGGUGUCCCUUAACAUUCUCUAUAAUUUGUUGUUUGACACUUUAUCCCUAUUCCUUUCAUUUCGCUGCAAUUUAAUAGUGAACACAGCACGACCUCACCACAAAUGCAGUGGGUUCGAAAUCGUUGUUUUUGUAAAUGUAACGAGGUGAUAAAAAUGAUUUUGCUUCGAAACUAAAAGAGAUAAUUGAAUGGAGUCAAAGAACGAAUUAUAGAGCUUGCUGAGACGCAUUAUUUCGAUUAUAAUAAUGGUAAUGCUUAUUAUUUACUUUUUUAAGUAAAUUAACGAAAAUGCUUAAAAUAACAUUAACUUUAAACUAGGGUAACUGCUCCCCAAUUCAUCUUAGCACCUCUAUUCAUCUCACCCAUUUGAACACAUUAGUUAGAGCAGUAUCUGCUAUCUCUAUUCAACGCAUUAGCUCAAAUAGUAGGAUGAAUAAGGGUACGUUGUGCUCGACUUUUCGCUUCGCUCAAACGCGAGUAUUUUACAUUUCCCAGGAUUUUUUUUUUAACUGUACUGCUUCUUAGGAACGAAGCAAAGAUGAUGAUACCUAUUUAAGCGCAAUCCACUAACUUUAAGUCGAGUUAUCAACGAAAAAGUGUGAUAUCCUGACUAAUGAGAUGAAUAAGGGCUCGUCUACCCUAAUUUACUUCUAAAAGAAUACUAAAUACACUUAACUGAAAGGUAUUAAUACAUAUUUCUCUGCAAUUUUUUUCUGGCUUUCGAAAAAAAAUAAAAAAGGUACAAGUGCCAUACUUUUUCAAUAAGAGCUAGUAUUAUUGAAAAUGAGAUAAAAAUAUCAAAGCUCAAUAGCCCAAACACAUGAAAACAAGAAAAGAUAGGUGUAUCAUGUCAAAGAACAAAUUAUGCAGCUCUUCAAGACUAACAAUCUGAAUCAUUAAAAUAGUGAUGUUAACUAUUAAGAUUUUCGCGACAUGAACGAAAAAUCGAUAAAAAUUGUUAAAUUUUAAGUAAAUUAUUGUGAAAAGGUUACUUAACCUCAUUAGCCGAAACAUUUGAGGACAUCAUUCAAUGGGAAAUUUUCUCACCUAUUCAAUGGAUCUAUAAGAUUGGAAAUAUAAAGUAUACUUUUUGAGUUAGAGCUAUUUUAAGACAACAAGUUCAAUAACUUAGUAACGGUUGAGAUUUGAUGGUAUGUGUAGAACGAUUUUUUCUCCAAAUAAGGCAGUCAAUCAUCCCUCGAGAUGUUUUUAACCAUGAACCAAACACCCUGUAUAAUUAUAUAUUCGUAUAAUUCGUGUAUUUGCUUCAGUUCAAUGCGUUUGCUGUGCGUCUUAUAUAUUUCCAUGGUGUAAACAACAAAAAAUUAUAAAACGUUAUUGGUUUUCUAACAGAUCCCGUGCGAGCGACUAGCGAUUGCGCGUGGAUGCCUGUUUACGAGGCUAGGCAAUAUUUUUGCUAACCAACAGUGUCUUCGUGGUCGUUCAUUUCUAUCUCGUACACGUCCAUGUCAUCAUCGUUCGCGAACAUCUGAUUUCAUCCUUGUUUCAUACCCUUACGAGUCACGAAUGUGGACUUUCUCAAUGAUGGUGCUGGCUGUUAAAUUUGAGAUACUAGACGCAGCUUUUCACGUUUAUUUUUCCUAAAAUGCAGCCACAAAUUUGGCAAUUGGUUGUGGUUCAGGUAAUGGUAUUAGAGACUAUGGAUAUGUAAAGAUGUAAUGUAUGUAGCGAUACUAUCGCAUUGCUUUGUACGUGCAUGAUCAAGCAGGAGGUAAUGCGUCAGUCCACCUAGAUACUCACCACAAAUACACCAUAGGAAAUACGGGGAAAGGAUAGAAGAAAAUGCAUAGGCACUAGUUCUGCACAGUGGUAGAAUUCUAAACAAAACUGUUCAUAAUCGGGUUUCCGAUGACCUCUUCAAAUACUAUGCUCAAAGCAUCACCCUUGUAAAUAUUUAUGAUCUUGAUUGGGCCAUCGCAUAAUUUGACCCAAUUCAUUCCGUCAUUCCGGAGCAAGUUCCCGUGAGGCAGUAAAAUGCCGUUAAGAGGGUAAAUCGUCAUAUGGUCCAGUAACGAAAAUAAUCAGUGUUCUACGACAAUUUUUAGACUUUUUUAUCUUUGUGGCUAGCAUUUUAUUGAAAUUACAAAUCUUUUGUCGAACACGACGAACUGAGUCGAGUGGUAUACGAGGCUCGGUCCACCGGGCCUUGCUUAAUAAGUCGAUUUUUAGUGCAAUUUCAUUUUUUUUUUCGACGGGAGAAAGGAAAAACGUCAAACUGGUUGGAGACUUACGUACCGCUUAAAAUCAUGGAUAGCUUUGAUCCUCACGAUUUUCAAUAAUUUCCUCUAGUCAACGAACAUAGACAUGGCCAAUUCGGUAUUUGUCAUUGAUUUUGUUUUUCUAACUGUGAGGUAUCUUGUCUCAGAAAGAGACUUGUACACUACCAUGACGAUAGUUUAAUGAUAAUCUUGUCCAAGAUCUUGUCACAUCCGAAAUAUUAUUUAUUUCUUUCCAGCAGAUUUCGGCAUCAUACAUAUUAUUAUAUUACCUUUCCAUCAGUUAAAUAUUCCUAUCCAU